AUGGUUGAAAUGGGGAUAAGGGAGGAAUUGGCACCAGAGGAUAAGGGAACUCGUACAUUUCUUCGUCCGGCAGCUCACACCCUUUCUAGAAAAGAGAAAAGUAGUUUUUGUGAGUUUCUUGCUUCAGUAAAAGUGCCGGAAGUGGCAAUACGGGCUAUUUUACCUGAUAAGAUGGCAGACGAUAGCGGAUCUAGCACUGAUAACCCAUCUCAGCCGAGAGAUGCCUCUGAGCAGGAGAGACAGUUGCAAGAGGAGGCAGCACGCAUACAGAGGGGCCUUUGUGUCAUCUAUAUUGGGGCAGUGGCACGAAGCACCGUGCCCAUUACAGCGCAGCACUGGAGGAGGGUUGAUCGUUCAGUGCGAGACACUAUUUGGACAGAUGUAUCGUCUGUAUUUGAUAUAGAUGAGAGCAGGAAGAGGUUUGUGGAGGGGAAGGCUGGGAGGGUUCCUAGCUUGAUACGGGACUUGGUCAAACCAGAGGAUUGGGCUGCUUUUGUGACGUCACGUCGUGAUAGGCAAUUUCAAGAAUUAAGUUCCCAAAAUAAGGAAAGAGUAAAGAAGAAUGAGUAUCCCUACCGAAAGGGCCGCUUGGGUUAUGCGGGCCUUGAGCAAGAGGUGACUCAGCAGGAGGGAUCAGAUGUCACUGUAUCACGUCAGAUGCUGUGGGCACUGGCCAGGCAAAAUAAAGAUGGCCAAAUUGAUAAUCCUCGUGUUAAGGAGGUCGUGGACAGGAUGGAGAGUUUGUCCCAGGAAGUUUCGCAGGGGGCAUAUUCUGCAGAUGACCAGGAUAUAUUGAGGAGGGCAUUGGGGACUCCUGACCAUCCUGGUCUUCUUAGGGGCGUUGGUUAUGGAGUCACCAAGAGAGAUUACUUUGGGUACCGACAAAAGCCCUCUUCAUCGUGCACGCCUUCCUCUGCUGAGUUCAUGGAGCUGAAGGAAGAAACACGCUGGUUAAAGGAGCAAGUUAAAGCGCAAGCGCUCCUAAUCGAGCAGUUGAUCAAGAAUCAAGCACCACAGCCGGCUCCGAAUCUCAGCCCAAGUGGCAAAGACAGCUGCACAUUCCCCUUGCUACCUGAGGGUGAAGCGGACGUUCAGUGUAUGGCGGAUAGCCCUAAACAUCACACUGUUGCAACGGGCCGCAUAUGCAAGACAGUGGCUCAAGCAGUGGGUAGCUUUGUCGCUUGGCCUGGCCGUCUUCUUACAUUAGGACAUCCUUCAAAGUCUAAGGGGAAGAAGAGCCUAUUGGGUGAUCACUCAUUAUCAUCACCACAGAAGCAGCCCUCUGAGCCCGUUCAAGUGGUAUCAUCAAGAUUCCGAAUAUGUCUUGAGGAAUAUGCAAUUGGGGCCAGAUUAGAACAUGGCGAGGAUUUCAUGAUUCCCCUAGAGUUUGAGCCAGAGGUAUACGGUCGACCCUCGUCAGAUUAUGUCACAAAUGAAGUAUUGAAAGAGAUUCUGACGCAUGGAAUGGCCAGCACAAAUGCCUGUAACUUUUAUAUCAGAUAUCUUUUCAAGAACUUCAUAGCCCCUGGUGGCCUUGAUGACAAGUUCAAGAUUAUCAGCCCCCACACUUUUGCUGGCCACGGACCUAAUAUGAAGAAAGACUUAUCCAGAGACUUGUUGGAUAUCUUCAUUUCUAGGGCAACACCGGGGGCUCAGACUUUGUUUUUGGCGCCUUAUUGUCAAGGGUAA